CUCCCGCCCCCGGCUUUGCCUCCCGCCUCCCGCCGCCGCCGCCGCCGCCGCCGCUUCCCGCGGCCUGGGCCUCUGCAGCCAGCAUGCCGCACGCCUUCAAGCCCGGGGACUUGGUGUUCGCCAAGAUGAAGGGCUACCCGCACUGGCCGGCCCGGAUCGAUGACAUUGCCGACGGUGCAGUGAAGCCCCCACCCAACAAGUACCCUAUCUUCUUCUUCGGAACACAUGAGACAGCCUUCCUGGGACCCAAGGACUUGUUCCCCUAUGACAAGUGUAAAGACAAGUACGGGAAGCCCAACAAAAGGAAAGGAUUCAACGAGGGGCUCUGGGAGAUCCAGAACAAUCCCCACGCCAGCUACAGUGCCCCUCCGCCGGUGAGCUCCUCUGACAGCGAGGCCCCUGAAGCUGACCCAGCGGGCACCAGUGACGGGGACAAGGACGAGGGAACCCGGGGGGUCAUGACUGUGACAGCUGUGACCACCACAGCCACCAGCGACAGGAUGGACAGUGAUUCAGACUCUGACAAGAGCAGUGACCACAGUGGCCUGAAGCGGAAGACGCCAGCUCUGAAGAUGUCUGUAUCCAAACGGGUGCGUAAAGCCUCCAGUGACCUGGAUGAGGCUAGCGCGUCGCCAUCGGACUCAGAGAGCUCAGAGUCGGGGAAGACCAGCGACCAGGACUUCACCCCCGAGAAGAAGACAGUGGUGCGGCCGCGUCGGGCUCCCCCAGGAGGUCGGAAGAAGAAGAAGGUGCCAUCAGCCUCAGAUUCGGACUCCAAAGCAGAUUCAGACAGAGUGCAGGAGGCUCCUGCCACAGCGACCAGGUCGCCUUCCCCAUCGUCAUCAUCAUCGUCCUCCUCUGACUCAGACAUGUCGGUCAAGAAGCCUCAGCGUGGCAGGAAGCCAGCCGAGAAGCCACCCCCCAAACCCCGAGGACGCAAACCAAAACCUGAGCGGCCACCAUCCACCUCCAGCAGUGACAGUGACAGCGACGAGGUGGAUCGCAUCAGCGAGUGGAAGCGGCGAGAUGAGGAGCGGCGUCGGGAGCUGGAGGCACGGAGGCGGAGGGAGCAGGAGGAGGAGCUGCGGAGGCUGCGAGAGCAGGAGCGUGAGGAGAAGGAGCAGCGGCGGGAGCAGCGUGGGGAGGCCGAUCGUGGCAGCAGUGAUGAGCUUCAGGAAGAUGAUGAGCCUGUGAGGAAGCGAGGCCGCAAGGCCCGGGGCCGGGCACCGUCCUCCUCUGACUCAGAGCCAGAUGAGCUGGAGCGAGAGGGGAAGAAGUCAGCCAGGAAGGCCCAGCUACAGGGCACGGAGUCCCUGAGGAAGUCAGGCCAGAAGGAGAAGAGAGCACGGCUGGAGGAGAAGCCACGAGCCAGGCCCAUGAAGGUGGAGGGGACCCGGAAGCGCUCAGACGGUUUCUCACUGGACAGAAAGGAUGAGAAGAAGAAAGAACCUUCCGUGGAGGAGAAACUGCAGAAACUGCACAGUGAGGUCAAGUUUGCCCUAAAGGUGGACAGCCCGGACGUGAAGCGCUGUCUGAGUGCACUGGAAGAGCUGGGCACGCUCCAGGUGACAUCCCAGAUUCUGCAGAAGAACACAGACGUAGUGGCCACCCUCAAGAAGAUCCGCCGGUACAAGGCCAACAAGGAUGUGAUGGAGAAGGCAGCUGAGGUGUACACACGCCUCAAGUCGCGGGUGCUGGGACCGAAGAGCGAGGCGCUGCAGAAGGCCAGCAAACCCGGGGCAGAGAAAGAGUGUGCUGAGGGUGAGAAGGUGGAGGAGCAGCCGGAGCAGGCACCCAAGGAGCGGGAGGACGAACCAAGCACUGGCCUCUCGGCACCUGUGAACGGCGAGUCUGCAUCCCAAAAGGAGGACAGCACAGAGGACAGGGAGCAGGACGAUGCACAGGACUCAGAGGAGGGUGUGCGGGGUGGCUCCUCAGAAGACCUGCACGACAGCCCACGGGAGGGCUCCAACCCCGCCAGGCCUGGGAAUGAGCGGCAAGAGCGUGACAGGGUGCGGCUGGCCUCCGAGUCCCCAGAGGAGGACAGCUAAGCCCACGGGCGGGCUGUCCCACCAAGCACACCCCCCGGAGCCUGCUGUUUGCGUUCGUGGCCUCGGGGUUUUUCCGCCUAGUUUCUGUGAUUUAUGAUUGACACAAAAUGGCUAUAAAGGGUUUUGUAAUGAAAAAAA